AACUAGAAGCACAAGCAUUUCGCUACACUCGCAUUAACAUCUGCUAACCAUGUGUAUGUGACCAAUAAAAGUCGAUUUGAUUUGUCAAAUUAUUUCCAAUAUGGGGAUCACCAAUAUUUAGACGGCUAUGUAAGGUAGAUAACUUUUACUUGUCGACAUCUAAAUAUAACGUCCCUGACCUCACCGUGCACAUACCGGUGUUUGUAAUUGUCUAACAAAAGGGGGGCAUGGACAGCUGACAUGCUGGUGCAGUAUUUUGUCCUGCGGCGCAUCUUCAGUCCCGACUGAGAAGAAGACCGCGGCGUAGCUAUCUGUCUCAUCCUCGGACAGAUGAGUGACUGACUUUACCUGCCAGGGACAAGCAGUGGUUUCAGUGCCAUCUUUUUUCACAGUCUGUGAUACCUGUGUUUGGGUUUGCAACUUCUUCAGCUUCACCUGUUAUUCACGUCGAAUGUCAAACAAAUAGCCUGGGCUACAAAAACAAUACGCAACAACGAGGGAAAGUGUUAUCGUUGGCAACCCGAACAUCUGGCUGGACAUUUGACAGUUUCUCAGAAGAUUGGUCUUAAUUCGAUUUACUUUUACCAGACUGACUUUUGAUGAGCACUGCCUCGUCUCGAAUAAAUCAGAGACGAACAAUGGCAUUGAUGAACUGACACUAUAUCAAAUUAGCCUUUUGAAACAAGAUGGAUAGAAUUGUUCAACUUCUAUAGAUAGGCAGGUUUUCCCCCAAUUAUGAACAGCAAACCAUCGCCCAGGACUUGUAUUCUUCAUUUUAUAUUGUAUGCCUUCUGUUUAUGAAAAUAGAAAUGUUUUGUUUCUUCAAACCCCGAGGAUAUUCCAGGACCAGAACUGGGUCUCGAAAUGGGACAAUAUCCCGGCACUCCUCCAACUCAACCUCAAGGCUAUACUUUACCUUUAUUCUGCUGCUUCUCAUCUUCACGCCUAGAGUGGAUUCUUCCUGGUGGUACAUUGGAGCCCUGGGUGCACGGGUGAUCUGUGACAACAUUCCAGGCCUGGUGAACAAGCAGCGCCAGCUGUGCCAGCGCCACCCGGACCUCAUGCAGUCUAUUGGGGAGGGUGCCAAGGAGUGGAUCCGCGAGUGCCAGCACCAGUUCCGCCACCAUCGCUGGAACUGCAGCACGCUGGACCGAGACCACACCGUCUUUGGCAGGGUCAUGCUGCGCAGUAGCCGGGAGGCAGCAUUUGUGUACGCCAUCUCCUCGGCAGGCGUGGUCUAUGCAAUUACCAGGGCCUGCAGCCAGGGGGACCUCAAGAUCUGCAGCUGCGACGCCCAAAAGCGGGGCCAGGCUAGUGAUGACAGGGGCGAAUUUGACUGGGGCGGCUGCAGCGACAACAUCAACUAUGGCAUCAAGUUCACCAAGACCUUUGUUGAUGCCAGAGAAAAGAUGGUGAAGGACGCUCGGGCACUGAUGAAUCUACACAACAACCGCUGUGGACGAAUGGCAGUGAAGCGCUUUAUGAAACUGGAGUGCAAGUGUCAUGGCGUCAGCGGCUCCUGUGCCCUUAGAACCUGCUGGCUGGCCAUGUCGGACUUCCGGAGGACCGGGGACUACCUCCGGAAGAAGUACAACACGGCCAUCGAGGUGACCAUGAACCAGGAUGGCACCGGGUUCAUGGUGGCUGACAAGGACUUCAAGGGAACCACCAAGAAUGAGCUGGUGUAUGUAGAAAAGUCCCCUGACUACUGCCUCAUGGACAGAGCAGCAGGCUCCCUGGGAACGGCAGGGAGAGUCUGCAACAAGUCUUCUAGAGGCACAGACAGCUGCGAGGUCAUGUGUUGCGGACGGGGCUACGACACAAUGCGCGCCAAACGAGUCACCAAGUGCGAGUGCAAGUUCAAGUGGUGUUGCGCCGUGGAGUGUAAGGACUGUGAGAACACUGUGGACGUUCACACCUGUAAGCCCCACAGGCGACCCGAUUGGCUGGACCAAACCAGACGCUGAGGCACAUUCUUUAAAAGGACGUAGUAGUGGUCAACUGCAUUGUGGGAUAUGUAUUUCCUACUCCUGACUCCUUACGGACUCCUUUCUGACCUCCAUUACAUCUGACAACCCCUUCUAAGGUGACAUCCUAAAGAACCUUUCCCAAGGCGCAGUAUCCCAACUUGGUUUGGAUGGUGCAGUACUGUAUGGGACUGUUCGGUGGGAAGGCUUUCUAAGAGAAUGGUUGGGCUGGGAGAGGGGAUAGUUCCUAUUUAUGUUUUUGUUUGUUUGUGUUGAUUGUGUGCUGCUUCCAAGGUGCUGAGGACACUAUUUUUCUACAGACAUUCAUUCACACAGUAUCUGUUGUGGAAAUGCAGAACAGGACAUUGUACUGUGAGCACACCAGAGAUUGAGUUAGGAUUGUUGGCUGGUGUAUGUGUUGUUGUUUUUUUGCUUUGUUUAAGACUAUGUUCUCUCUAAAUCUGUGAUCACUUUGUUCAGUGUUUCAUUGGCCUUACAAUAGAAAGAGAUGAAGAACUGAAAUUGUACUCAGCUUGAUAUAAUGGAAAGACUGACAUGUAUUCAGUUGUUAGGAGUAAAAAAUUAUAUUUAAAAAAGGAGGACUUACCCUCAUGCCUUACCCUACUGGUAAAGUGCAUUGGGAUGGAUGUAUAGCAGAAAGUCUAACGAUCAACGUUUACCGCGGGCCAGAGAGCUGCUCUAUAGACACUAAUGUAAAGUGCCAGUCAAAACAUUUAGACACACCUCCUCAUUCAAUGGUUUUUCUGUAUUUUUACUAUUUUCUACAUUGUAGAAUGAUAGUGAAGACAUCUUAACUAUGAAAUAACACAUAUGGACUC